AUGCAAUAUACAUAUACAAAUGAUUUAAUAAAAAAUUGUAAAGAUAUUGCUAAUGAUUAUUAUAUAACUCUUACAAAUGAAAACAAUUUUUUAACAUCAUCUGGUAUUUCUUGUAUUAUUCCAGAAACGUUAAAAUUAUUAAAAAUUCAAAUUGAUAACAUAAAGUCAUCUUUUAAUGUUAAUCAUUACAAUUCUUUUUUAAAUCCACAAUCAUUAAAUUCUACCAGGGAAAUUAAAUGGAGAAAAAUUUUUAUUCCUGUUAAUCAAUUUCCAAAAUGUAACAUUGUUGGUAGAAUUUUAGGACCAAAAGGAUUAACUGUAAGAAAAUUAGAAGCUAUGACUGGUUGUAAAAUUAGAAUUAGAGGUAAAGGAUCAAUUAAAAAUAGUGAAUUAAGUAAUAUUAAUCCACAGAAGAUUGUCCAAAAUCAUUUAAAUGAACCAUUACAUGUUCUUAUUCUUGCUGAAGACAAUUUAGAUAUUGUAGAAUUUAGAUUAAAUUUAGCAGAACAUGAAAUAAGAAAGUUUAUAUUUUCAGUGAUUAGAAAGAAGAAUAAUUAUAAUAAUGGAACACAAUUAAGUGAAUUAAUUGUAUUUAAUGGAACAUUUAAAAAAAAUAAUAAAGAUAAUUGUGAAUCAUUUUCUUCAAUCAAUGAUAUAAUUAAUAAUCAAGGAAAUAAUUUUUUUUAUAAUUCUUUAAAUAUUUUAAAAGAUGAAAAUAUUUUAAACUUUGAAAAUACAUAUUAUUCACAUAAUAUUUACCUUUAA